AUGCAAGAGAUCUUGUUGGUGUUCUGGAGGAUGCGAUUAGAGGAGGAUACCGAAGACAUUGAGCAGGAGGCUUUGGCGACUCUUGUUGUUAACAAGCUUAGAGGCACCCUGAAAAUUGCAGCUCUCAGAGCUCCAGGAUUUGGAGAGCGCAAGAGCCAGUAUCUUGAUGAUAUUGGCAUUCUAACUGGAGCAACUGUGAUUCGAGAGGAAGUUGGUCUUUCACUUGAAAAAGCUGGAAAAGAGGACGCAGUGCAAAAGCGUGUUACACAGAUUAAGAAUCUUAUUGAGCAAGCGGAGCAAGAUUAUGAGAAGGAAAAACUGAAUGAGAGAAUUGCAAAGCUCUCUGGUGGAGUUGCUGUGAUUCAGGUUGGAGCACAAACUGAGACAGAACUCAAAGAGAAGAAGCUGAGAGUUGAAGAUGCUCUUAAUGCUACCAAGGCUGCUGUGGAGGAAGGUAUUGUCGUUGGCGGUGGUUGCACUCUACUUCGGCUUGCGUCUAAGGUUCAUGCCAUCAAAGCCACCCUUGAAAAUGAUGAAGAGAAGGUUGGAGCAGAUAUCGUGAAAAGGGCAUUGAGUUACCCUCUGAAACUGAUUGCCAAGAAUGCUGGAGUCAAUGGAAGCGUAGUAAGCGAGAAGGUGCUUUCUAACGAUAACGUGAAAUUCGGUUACAAUGCUGCAACCGGCAAGUACGAAGACUUAAUGGCUGCAGGAAUCAUCGAUCCAACAAAGGUUGUGAGAUGUUGCUUGGAACACGCAGCUUCGGUUGCAAAGACAUUCUUGAUGUCAGACUGUGUUGUUGUUGAGAUCAAGGAGCCUGAGCCAGUUCCCGCAGGCAACCCAAUGGACAACUCAGGAUAUGGAUACUGA